GCUUGAGCCGUCACUCCUCCCUCCCCUCCUUCUCUUCUCCCUUCCCUCUCUCAAUUCCCUCUCCCUCACGGCCCACAGCAGCUGCCGGCACACCAGACCACCAGCAGACCACCGUGAGCAGCCCGCAGCAGCACAGCCGCGUUUUCCCUCCCCCACGCACUACAAGCAGCAGCCUCACCACGAACGACCACAGCAGCGGCUGUUUCGUGAGCCACCAGCAGGUGCCCGGUUCAUAAGAGGGGCGUAAGAACCCCUUCGAAGCGAUUUUUGUGGCUUGUCAUCUUGCAGUGCAGCAGGGGCGUCGUAGAUAGGUCUUGCAGGUUUUGGAGUUUCCUUGUAUUGCAUAUGGGGGGGGGGGAUCGAGUGAGAACCUUGACGCGUGCCCUGUUCGAACCAUUUUUGACGCUACAUGUGAUUUCGACUUGAAAGUGUGUAUGUUUUGGUUGAGGCAUGAGUCCUCCUUUUGAUGUAAUUCGUUCCGCUGCAAAGAUUUAUAUCGUUUUAUAUUUUGUUAUAGUAUCUUGAAUGGCUUGUACAGUGGAUUAUCUUUUUGCUUGGAAAACCCAAGCGUUUACAUGGGAACCACGAUCCAUGCUUAGCAUGUCGACAGAGGUUUUGGCGAUGACCUUUCCGCCGUGAUUCUGUUACGAGGCCAUUGAUGCCUCUUCAUUAUGAUGAUUUAUCGUUUGUCUAAAUCUUCGGCGCGUCAAAUUUCAAGGCAGAUGCUGCCGAAAUUUCCGUAGGAUUUUGUUUGGAAGUUUUCAAACGUCAUCUCUUUCUUUUCCCUAUUUAAAUAAUUAUUUAUUUCUACAAGUGACACCCUUGAAGGGUCUGAAAUUCAGGGGUGUUACACUCACUGGAUUUAUUACCACUUUUUUCUUUAUGAUUCUUGAUUUUUGAUCGCUAACUUGAUCAUGAAGUAGUUUUUAGUGUUUCCCAACUCGUUCUAUUUUUUGCCUUUUGUCUUUGUUGAUUCAAAUCUCUUCCUAAGAAGCAAAGUUAUAUAUGGCUCAAGUUAGAGAUGCUUUCAUUUCGUGAGUAUUAUUCACAAAAGCAGACUUGUAGGGAAUUGGUUUGGGAUGGCCACAGUAUGGUUUUGCAUAUAUUGUGGGCAUAUCUAAUAUUCCUAAAUGCCUUUGAGAUUGCUAUAAGUAGUGACAUUUCCCCUCACUGUCAUUAUCGGUAACAAUCUCUUGGGGUUAGAGGGAGUAUUAGUAUACUAUCAAGGAAACAAUAUGACCUUUUUUAAAUUUAGGAAAUGAUUGUCAUAUUUGUACAUCUUGAGUUUGUCAACUGAUAUUAUCUAUGCUUUGGAAAUAAAUUAGCGUCAUAAUCCUUCAUCCAACUCAAUUUGCUACAUUUCGGUUUUCCAUGUGAGAUUUUAACCUAAAUGUUGCAAAAUGAGCGGGGACAGAAGAGUAUUUGAAGAUUGAACCUAUGUGAGAAUUUUCUACCUGAUGCUUUUAGAUAGUGGCAUGUAAGUUAUUAAUGCCAUCAUUAUGACUCUUGUACAGCAUUUGUUUUAUACCUCAUAUAAAGAAUACCAUGGGAGGUACCAGCGGACAAAGGCUUUCAGGGUUACAGAAGGAAGUCCUUAUUCUUUACAGAGGGUUUCUGCGAGCAGCCCGUUCUAAAUCACCUGAACAUCGUCAUCAGAUCGAAUCAAUUGUGUCUGAAGAGUUCCACCGCAAUUCCAAGCAAAUUGAUCGUAAGAAUUUUGUUUACAUAGAAUACUUGCUUCGACUUGGUAAAAAACAGCUUGAUCAACUCAAGAGUAGUGAUAUUGUCAGAUUAUCAUCCAUGAAGGUUGGAGGGGAUCAAAAUAUAGAUCCAUAGUUUUGAAUCGGUACAUUAGAUGAAUGCUAUCUGAAUGGCUGAACCCAAUCGGCUUUGAUAAGUGAAAACCAUAAAGCCCUUGAAUGGCAUAUAUUUGGCGAUGUUUUAGACUUCGAGACGCCAGAACAUACAACUUUGAUUGUAACACAGCCUUCACAGUUGACAGUACAUAAAAGUAUAGAUCUUUAGUCUCAUAACUGUUUUAUUUUCCCUCCCCGUUUCCACUGUCGAGUAAAAAUGAGUAACAUUGCCGCAGAUUUAUCUUACGAAAAGGUGAAAUUGUUGCAUUUGUCUGUUUAUUACAAUCUCAUUUUUAUUAUUUAUCACAUUAAUUCAUUUACUGUUUAUUGGUGAUGAAACCAAACUGGACUGAAUUGUCCAGGAGUUCAUUGGCAAUGUAUUGAGUAAUACAAUCUCUUUUUUUCUUUGUUAAUAAGCUAAUCUUCGUAAUGUUUAUCUAAAUAGGGAAAACAGGACAAAUAAACGCUACAAUAUCUAUGGCCCAACAUAUUUGGGUAAAUUUUGACCGAAGGUCAACGAAACCUGGGCAGUGGGCAUGUUUCACAUACUGAAAUUUGUGUAAAGUAUCGUACAAAGUUAAUUGUUUUUAAUUAUUUUUCAUUUAAAUAUAAACUAGUUAUUCCAAAGAUGAGUUAUGAAUUUGUUUUAUAGAAGUAUCUUAAUAAUAAGAAUAACUUUAAAUUUGUUCUAUUCCUCCAAUUAUACUUAAAGUCAGAGUCACUAACACAAUAUCUC